UUCAGGGCAAAAUAUUGGCACUCUCUUCAUUCAAUUAUACUUGGGAUCUCACAGCUCAACCUAUUAAUGAAAUUCCCCUCACAGUUAAAAUUAAAAAAAAAAAAUACUGAAUAUGAAUGUGGAAGAAAGGCAAUUUGAUGUUUGUAAUUAUCGAGGCAAACUCCACAACCUGCUGAAUGUAUGCAAAAUGGACCCUGGAUGGUGUAUAUAAAAGUGGUAUGUUCGGAGAAUAGCAGCAAGUAUUGAGGUGUCUUUCUGGUAAAGAAAGUCAUCAUCCAGGAUGCUGACCAUGAGCACCAGGGGGGCUUCACUGAAAGGUUUGUUGCUGGUGGCCCUUCUGGUGUCCCACAUGCUUCUGACAAAGGAAGGAGUGACCUCUUUGCCAAUCUGCCCCAAAGGAUCUGUCAGUUGCCAGCUUUCCCUUGAGGAGCUUUUUGACCGAGCAGUUAAGCUUUCACACUACAUCCACUUCCUGUCUUCGGAAAUGUUCAAUGAAUUUGACGAACGUUACGCCCAGGGCCGGGGUUUCAUUGCAAAAGCUGUCAACAGCUGCCACACAGCAUCUUUAACCACUCCUGAAGAUAAGGAGCAGGCUCAGCAGAUUCAUCAUGAAGACCUACUGAAUUUAAUACUGGGAGUUCUGCGUUCCUGGAAUGAUCCCCUGAUCCACCUGGCCUCUGAAGUACAAAGAAUCAAAGAAGCUCCAGAAACCAUUCUCUCAAAGGCUGUGGAGAUAGAAGAACAAAACAAGCGACUUCUAGAAGGAAUGGAGAAAAUAGUUGGGCGGGUUCACUCUGGGGAAGUCGAAAAUGACAUUUACACUCCGUGGGAUGGACUUCCAUCCCUGCAGCUUGCUGAUGAGGACUCCAGACUCUUUGCCUUUUACAACCUGCUGCACUGCCUCCGCCGAGAUUCCCACAAAAUCGACAACUAUCUCAAGGUUUUGAAGUGCCGCCUAAUCCAUGACAACAAUUGUUGAGUAGUCAUGGGCCUGAUCACGUAUUGAAGUCAUUCAUCGUGUGUUCUUGAUGCUUUGCCACUUUAUGAAAAUCACACACUGUGCAGAAUCUCUAUCAUCAGUAACUUUUAGGCAUGUUUGUAUGAAUUCUGGCUGCAACAAUUAGCACCACGUAUGUUGGUGCUUUAAAAUAUUACCAACUGCUUGUAUGACAAGAAUACACUUUUCUGUCUAAUCUCCUUCCCUAGUAGUAUUUCAGUGAUGAACAUGUGAUGCAGAUACAAAUAAAAAUGUUCUUAAAUCCAAAA